GGCUCGGAGCCUGAGCCCGAGAGAGAACCUCGGCCUCCGCGCCUCCUCCGAACCGGCAGGAGUGCCCCUGCAGCCCGUGGGACCCUGGGCCCCGGAGCAAGUCCGGCAGCCUGGGGGGUGGGAGGGAGCCACUUUCCCCUCCUCCCUGACAGGGCAGGGCAGGCAGCGGGACAACUUGAAAAACUUCUCAGGGCGGACGGCAGGGACACCGGGCUCCGGUGGAAGAGGAUGUAGGGGAGUGGUGCCUGGCCGCAGUCUUCCCCCAACCUCCUGGGUCCCACUCGGCCCAGCCAUGGGGCUCCAGCACCCUCAGCACCGGCAGCAGGGCGAGCCCCUCAUCUAGCCUAGCUGGGUGGACCAGCACUGUCGCCCCCUGUACUCGCGCUGGGCAAGCAACGCCCCCUCUGGCCUGCUCGACCCUGCCAUGGACCACCAGGAGCCCUACUCGGUGCAGGCCACCGCAGCCAUCGCGGCGGUUAUCACCUUCCUAAUUCUCUUCACCAUCUUUGGUAACGCGCUGGUCAUCCUGGCGGUGUUGACCAGCCGCUCGCUGCGAGCCCCGCAGAACCUGUUCCUGGUGUCGUUGGCCGCAGCCGACAUCCUGGUGGCCGCGCUCAUCAUCCCUUUCUCACUGGCCAACGAGCUGCUGGGCUACUGGUACUUCCGACGAACGUGGUGCGAGGUGUACCUGGCGCUCGACGUGCUCUUCUGUACUUCAUCCAUCGUGCACCUGUGUGCCAUCAGCCUGGACCGCUACUGGGCUGUGAGCCGCGCUCUGGAGUACAACUCCAAACGUACCCCGCGCCGCAUCAAGUGCAUCAUCCUCACGGUGUGGCUCAUUGCAGCUGUCAUCUCGCUGCCGCCUCUCAUCUACAAGGGCGACCCGGGCCCCCAGCCCCGCGGGCGCCCGCAGUGCAAGCUCAACGAAGAGGCCUGGUACAUCCUGGCCUCGAGCAUUGGGUCCUUCUUCGCACCCUGCCUCAUCAUGAUCCUCGUCUACCUGCGCAUCUACCUGAUAGCUAAACGUAGCCACCGCAGAAGUCCCAGGGCCAAGGGGAGCCCUGGGGAGGGUAAAUCUAAGCAGCCCCACCGGGUCCCUGGGGGAGCCCCAGUCAAACAGCCAACCCUGGCCCCUCAUUUGGCUGCUCCGGGAGAGGCCAAUGGACACUCUAAGUCCACUGGGGAGAAGGAGCAGGGGAGGACACCUGAAGAUACUGCGAGCCCUGCCUUGCCACCCAGCUGGCCUUCCCUUCCCCGAGCAUGCCAGGAUCCAAAGGAAGCUGUCUGUGGACUGUCUCCUGAAGAUGAAGUUGGAGAGGAGGAGGAGGAAGAGGAAGAGGAGGAGGAUGACGAUGAGUGUGAGCCUCAGGCCUUGCCAGCAUCCCCUGCCUCAGCUUGCAACCCAUCCCUGCAGCAGCCACAGGGCUCCCAGGUGCUGGCCACCCUGCGUGGCCAGGUGCUCCUGAGCAGGGGAAUGGGUGCUGCGGGUGGGCAGUGGUGGCGUCGGCGGGCUCAGCUGACCCGGGAGAAGAGGUUCACCUUUGUGCUGGCCGUGGUCAUUGGCGUCUUUGUGCUCUGCUGGUUCCCCUUCUUCUUCAGCUACAGUCUGGGUGCCAUCUGCCCACAGCACUGCAAGGUGCCCCAUGGCCUCUUCCAGUUCUUCUUCUGGAUCGGCUACUGCAACAGCUCGCUGAACCCUGUCAUCUACACUGUCUUCAACCAGGACUUCCGUCGUGCCUUCCGAAGGAUCCUUUGCCGACAGUGGACCCAGACGGCCUGGUGAGCCGCCUGCCUGCUGCCCUUGUGGGGUUGGUGCCAGGUGGCACCAGGGUCCCCCCUGCUUCCUACCCUGUUUUAUGUGGCUGUCUCCCCGGGGCUGUCUGGUCUCUGCCCAGGUCCUUCAGGCCUCAUCUUGGGAGCACCUGGGAGAGGCAUGGGCAGGGUGCAGUUCACAGGGGACUAUAAUAAGCCUUCCCUUGCUGGCUUAGCCGUGGGGGAACAUCUUCUCCACACCCUGCCAGACCACAGAGAAAUGGAGGAGGCCGGACCUUCCUAAGUGUGGCUGAGGCCAGGCUGGGAUAGAGCACCCCCCUCCUGGAACCCUGGAACCCAGUAAGCUUUCCUGAGAACCUUGUGGUCCCUGGCAGGCCCCUUGCGGGUGGUGUUUUGUUUCUUUUUCAUCUUCCCCAGUAAAGAGCAGGAAGCCAGCUUUCCACUCCCCCCAAGAGGGCCUGCUGCUGAGGGAGGGGCAGAGUCGAUGACAGCUGUGCAUCCACACUGAGUGCCUGCGGACCCCAACAGGCUCUGGGUGGGGGUUUAUGGGCUGGCGCUGUCCCUGGGCCCUUCUUCCCCUUCUCCCCGCUCUUGGAUUUGUGGUUUCUUUGAAAGCUAGAACUGUGAUCUGUGUCGCACCCGGCGCCCCUCUGGAGACCUGGCCUCUGCCUCAACAGGACAUCCCUGAUCACUAGCCUUCACCCCCUGCAAAAUUCAGGGCAACAAUAGCUCGCCGCCUACUUGCUGCAGGGAGAUGAAAGGCGUUGCAGAAAGCUUUGAGCUCUGUGGGGGGACCUAGAGAACCAGAAAAUGUGAUUAUUUGGUGAUAUAAAAACCCCUUUCUCUGUGUUCACCACCACCUGUGUUCCUGUAGACUUCUGUUCUGUGCCUGGGGUGUGUGAAUUCCUACCCCAAACUGGAAGUGGGGAGUGGCAGACACAAUGACUAUUUCAGUUAAAGGGUUUCUUUGAGAAUGCGUUCUUGUGCCUGCAAAGGUUUGAGUUAUUAUGCUGCAUGACAACUUCUUGACAUUUUACCUGCAACACCAAGAGGGUUUUUUGUGGCUUGGGCCCCUCAUGGGGAAUAAGCCUUUUGUCAUCAUGCAGGCAAAUUGUUUCCCCAAGAUAGCUAAAAAUACCCACAGCCUGGGAACAGUCUGAUGUGGGAGCCCGUGGCGGGUGACAGAGCUCUCAGGCAGGGUUCUGGGCUUGGGCAGGUAAGCCGUGGCCUUCUGGAACCCUGGGGAGCCUCAUACAGGAUCGCCAGACAGAGCUCUAAGCCCCAAAAAGGUCCCUGUGAUGCACAACUGACCCCACCUUGGUGGGUGUUGGCUGGCCACCACCAACCCAGCCGUGUGGCUCUAUCCCACUAAUGUGGCUCCAGGGGCCUCUUUCUCCUAAUUCUUAACCCCCACCCAGACCCUUGAACCCAGAACAGUUUGGAGCAUGUGAAAGAUGUUUCCCAGUGGUCCCCUCCGGGAGUGCUUGACUUCAACAGUAAGCUUGUGGGAUCUUAGCUGGGGCGGGGCCCACUGGGAGGGCACUGGUGGCUCUCUAACAGACCUGCGCAGAUUGGGAGGGGUACUGGAGGCAUUUUCUGGGGUGAAAGGAAUGGAGAGGACCAAAGAGAGUCCUCCGUUCAUUCCUUAGUCUCAGUGUGAGGCCAGGGCAUCACCCUGGGGCAGGGCUGGGUAGUUAGGUGGACCCAGGAGAGGGACUGGCUUGUAACAUCUUCUGAUGGUCUCACCUAUGCUUCAGGGCACCCCUGCUGUUGUUGCCUGUGAGCGCCCUGUUGUGAAAUGCAGGUUUUUAUUUUUAAAGGUUUGAGCUAUUUUAUCAAUAAAAGAUAUUUUGUAAUAA